AUGAAGAUAACAACCCCCAAGACUGAGCGACCUCUCGCCUCGGUCGAGGAACACACCAGAGCAACCAUUAAAACAUUGUUCCAAUUUCUGCACGCACAGGGACAGGGUGACUACCUCGGCGAGCAAGUGACUCAACUAGAGCACUCGCUACAGUGCGCAUUUCUUGCCACGCAGUGCCCCAAACAUGGCAAUGACCCCGAGGUCAUACUGGCUGCACUUUUGCAUGAUGUCGGACGGUUCAUUCCCGCGGCCGAGAAGAUCGAGAAAAUGAUCACUCCCGACGGCCAAUAUAUUGGAAGACAAAGCCAUGAGGCUCUGGGAGAGACUUAUCUGCGCCAGAUUGGGUUCAGUGAGAAGGUGUGCAAGUUGGUUGGUGCGCAUGUAAUGGCUAAGCGAUAUUUGGUCGCGACAGAUCAAAGCUAUUAUGAUGCAUUGAGUGAGACCAGUAAGCGGACAUUGAAAUUCCAGGGUGGCGGAUACAAUACCGAGCAGGUCCGGGAGGCGCAACAGGAUCCCCUGCUGGAGGCAAAGCUUUCUGUCAGACGAUGUGAUGAUCUCGCGAAAAGGCCGAAUUUGAAAGUCCCUGAUCUGGAAGCCUAUGAGGAACUUGCCUAUCAAUGUCUCAUUGGUCAGUAUGAUCGUGACCUUCUUCCCAACAUAGACACUGAACAUCAAUCUAGACUCCCGGUCGAAAUUUACUCUACAUUCGAAAGAAUAUAG